AUGUCAUUUCUAGAAACUGCCAAGGCAACAAUCACUAAAUCCGCCACAAUCAUCAAAGAUGUUUCGAAGUACACUGUGACCCCACAACAAUUACAAAAUAUUCCGCCGUCACUACGGUCCAAGACGCUAUAUCGAAGAUUCAUUCGGUUAACUCCUUUCAUAUCACAGCAAAAAUCCAUUAAGAGCUCGUACCAGAGUUACGUGCGAUCUAAAUUUGUUAGUGAUGGCACUGGAGACGUUCAUAUUCCUCAAGGUGAUCUGGUGGUGAAGCCUUCUUUGAUAAGUAAUGAAAAUGUGAAAACCUCAUUAAACACUUUGUAUUUAUUGCAAAAUAUGGUAUCCGAUAAUCCAACCUAUCGAAACCCUGGGAAACAUUUGAUUUUAAAUAUCUUAGAUCAUUUCUAUCGAGUACGCUGGGGACAAACAAGAAAAAAUGCCAUGCGAAAAAACCUGGCAUUUCAAAGAUUUUUGAAAAUGUACAAUGAAAGGUAUGAUUUGAACUUGUGA